CUCUGACAAUAUUGCUGUUUGGGUUUAGCUGGUGUUUAAAGCCUUACCCAAGUUAGUCUGGCUUCCUGAGAACAAGCUCAGCUCUCUGAUAAACAAGAGAAGGCAGAGAGGACAUAGGGUUUUAAACUUGAGCAGGACAGUUGUUGGUGUGAGUCCAACUUGUCAUGGAGCACAUGACUUUCUUGUUUUGCAACUACUCCUCAGUUGUUCGGGACUCUGGACACAGCAGUUUGUGGACUCUGGACAUAACGGACUUUGUGUUGUGGGUUUGUUACUUCCUCGUGACCUCUGAAUGGUCCGUCUGCCUCUCUCCACCUCCCAUAGGUUGGGUCAAAGAAAGGAAUUUAGUAAUAGAAGCUUCAGGGAAGCAUCUGGAUUCUUUCCAACCAUGGGGUACUAUGGCUGCCUGCCUGUCCAGGAUAGCCUCAGUGGGCUCUGGGCUGUCCCCACAGUUAGCCUGGGGUCUCAACUUGUUCUCCAUGGAUCCUGAUCAAAGAAAGAGAAAGGAAAGAGAAGCCCUGGACUGCAAAAGCAUGUCCACAGAAGACCAGAACACAGAAGAGGCUAUAUUAUUCCAUCAUUUCAAAAGACAUAAAGUGGAGAUUUCCAAGGCAAUAAAAAAGCCAUUUCCUUUCCUUGAGGGUCUCCGUGACCGUGACCUGAUCACCAAUAAGAUGUAUGAAGAUUCUCAGGAUUCUUGUAGAAACUUGGUCCCUGUGCACAAGGUGGUGUACAAUGUUCUCAGUGAACUGGAGAAGACAUUUCACAUGGAUGUUCUGAAAGCACUGUUCAGCGAGGUCAACAUUCAAGAAUACCCUGAAUUACUUCACAUUUUCACAGCCUUCCAAAAUGAGGUCCAGAAGAAAAUGAAUUACCAAGAAGGUAAUAGACAAGAGAGCGAGGAGGCGCUGAACACCCAAAUAAGUAUAGAGCAAGGAUCUGGUGAAAACUAUUUUCAAGGAAGCCUGACCUGGUCACCUUCAGCUCUCUCAUCUUACAACGGUACAACACUGCGGGAACACUCGGAGCAUCUCUCUGAAACAGAACAGACAAAUGGAAAGAGAAAAGAUACAACUCAUGACAAAAACGAUGCAGUAAAAAGCCAACAAGCAAACAAACAAUGUGCCCAAGAGUCUAUACCAGUAGAGGAUGGACAAGAGGCUAUCCAAGAGGACAAUGGAGAUUCAGUCCCGGAGGCCCCCAGCCCACUGUCCUGCCAUGAAGAAAGUAACUAUUACUUCUCUCAUCACUGUUGCUGUUCAGAUGGUUUCUAUUUGCUUGAUUAGUAGGUGUUUAUAAAAACCUUCUUAAUGCCAGGCACCAGUGGCUCACAACUGUAAUCCCAGCUACUCAGAAGGCAGAGAUCAGGAGGAUCGCAGUUCAAGGCCAGC